GAUUCCUAGUAAUUAAGAAGUGGAAAUUGAAGAAAUGGUCUAUUCCAUGUGCCUCCUUCUCCCAAAAGUUGAUUAAUUGGCAUCAUCUGCUUUCCCAGCUCAGUAGCAAAGUUCUAUCAGGCAUGUUUUGUUGAGCACAUAGACACCUUUUUUGUAUGCAUGCAGAGAUUCCUAAGAAUCUUUUCAACUUCAAAUCCUAGCCCUCCACUUCACUAUAAAAAGCCCCCUCACAACUUCAACAUCUCUCACAACACAAAAACAAAACAAAACAAACUUAGCUGCAGCUGGCAUUCUCAAUUCUUGCAUAAUGUCGAGGUUGCUAGACUCUCUCUCCGUAGGCAGAGUUGUGGGAGAAGUUGUCGACAACUUCGUACCUUGUGUGAAGCUGAUUGUAACAUACAACAGCAACAAGCAAGUCUGCAAUGGCCAUGAGCUCAUGCCUGCUGUCAUUAUGGCUAAACCACGAGUCGAUAUUGGUGGAGAAGACAUGAGAGCUGCUUACACUCUUGUCAUGACUGAUCCUGAUGUUCCAGGCCCUAGUGAUCCAUACUUGAGGGAGCAUCUUCACUGGAUAGUUACAGAUAUUCCAGGCACCACUGAUGCAUCUUUUGGGAGGGAGACUGUGAGCUAUGAGGCUCCAAAGCCAGUGAUCGGCAUCCAUCGCUACGUGUUCGUGUUGUUCAAGCAGAGAGGGAGGCAAACUGUGAGGCCGCCAGCUUCAAGAGAUUGUUUCAACACAAGGGCCUUUGCAGAAGAGAAUGGCUUAGGUUUGCCGGUUGCUGCAGUCUAUUUCAAUGCACAAAGAGAGACUGCCUGCAGAAGAAGAUGAACCUAACUCAACUAAACAACCAAUAAACUACCAUGGAUCAAUAACUGUAUAAGUCUGUUAUUCUCUUUACUCAAACACUAGUACACACCCAUGUUCUGUUUUCAUUAUAUUUUUAUGAUUUCUGACAAUUAAAAUUUACAAUGUCUUGGGAACUAUUAGUUGGUCCCCACCAACCUUUUUGAUGUGUUUAAGGUUUCUGGUGAUCUUAUAAUAAGAAGUAGAUACAUUUGUACCAGAUUUGUAUGAUGUUGUGUGGUCCCCUCAUUUCAUGAGUCACUAUACUGAUAAUGCUAUCACUGUUUUGCU